AACCUUUUGUUAAGCCACAGCUUAUGGGUCGAAGAAACCCUCGACAGCCGGUCAUUUACAAGCGAUAGCCGGUAACCCUACCUCUACCCUAUUAGUUCUCUUCCGCUUUCUACUUUGCAUAAUAUCCAGACUCUCCUCUCCUUCCAUUUGCUCCUUUCUCUGGUUCGAUCCUCGUCACACGUAACAUAAUUAUACAAUUUUUCAGGUGAUUAUGGCUGGAAGAAAUCGCCUACCUCGUCAUGUUUUGGAUGGUCCCCGAGGCUACCCUCCAGGUCCUGGUCCAAUUCGUGAUGGUCCCUACAGUAGAGGGCAAAGACCUCUACCUCAUCCUGCAGUAGUGGAGGAGGAGCUUGAAUUGCAGCAUGAAGAAAUCCAAAGGCUGGUUGCAGAGAACAGGAGGCUUGCAACAACACAAGUAGGCCUGCGCCAGGAGCUUGCUGCUGCUCAGGAUGAAAUACACCGUCUGAAUCAGAUAGUGGGAAAUGUCAAAGCUGACAAAGACCUUCAAGCCAGGGAUUUGGUUGAUAAGUGUAUGAAGAUGGAAGCAGAAUUGCGUGCAGUUGAGCCUUUGAGGGCUGAGGUUAUGCAAUUACGUUCUGAUGCCCAAAAGCUGAGUGUUGCCCGACAAGAUCUGGCAGUUCAAGUUCAAGCUCUACAACAGGAAAUGGCUAGAGCACAAGCUGACGUGCAGCAGGUUCCUGCAUUAAGGGCAGAGUUGGAUUCUUUGCACCAAGAACUCAUACGAUCAAGGACUGCCAUUGAAUAUGAAAAGAAGGCAAACACCGAGCAAAUGGAGCAGAGACAGGCAAUGGAGAAGAAUUUAAUUUCUAUGGCUCGUGAAGUUGAGAAACUUAGAGCAGAACUUACGAAUUCAGAGAAAAGAGCCUGGGGUGCUAGCACUCCAGGUGGGCCAUACAGUUCAAAACUUGGCAGUGUUGCAGGAUAUUCAGGGCCAUAUGCAGAGACAUAUGGCAUGCAUAUGGCUCAACCUGGUGUUGAAAAAGGUUCUCAAUAUGGGGCUGGACCUGAUCCUUGGGCGGUGUAUGAGAAACCACGUUCUCAUGGUCGUAGAUAAAUUGAAGUGCAAGUUUUCAUCUAAGCAAUUCAGAUUUGCUUGCUGAUUUCAUAUUUUAAACUGGUAUUUUGUGUGAGCUUCUAGUGUCUGAAGCAUUGACACAUGCCAUGUGGACAUAAUUAGAGUGAUUAACUUUUUGAACAUUUUUUACAAUUGACAUUUUGUCAUUUUAUUUAGAACGUGAAAGGUUUAAUGUUGCUUUAGGGCUAUAGGAUGCAUGUAGGUCAUGUAGUUAGUAUUUAGUUUUGGCAUCAUACUCUAGAAACUUACCUUAAGUAUGUUGAUUUCAAAACUCACUUGAUUAUAUAAAUUUUCUAUGUUCAUUUGGA